UAGACAAAGCAAGGCGGGCGCGUGCAUGUGCGGGCAGCCCUCAGCCGCUGUUCCGCGCCAACUCUGGCUGCUACCCGUGGACCCAAUCCACGCAAUUAUCAUUUUAUUAUUCGCAUGACUUCUUUACAAAUAGUUCCCGCCCUACCGUAGUGUACAAAUAGGAAUGCGCUGCAAUUUGCCGACGGCACCGGCCACCGUAGACCCUAGCUAGCGCCAACAACAUGUCCGCGAAGGACGGCAUGGUAGAGGGGUGCACGACCGGCGGCGGCUUGCAAGUCUCGGGGACCGGGGCAACGGCGCUCGUGGUGCCAGUGGCGGUCCAGCCGCCAGCAGUGCCGGGGUCAGGACCCGCGCCCAGCCCCGACUCCAUCCUCGCCGUGCUUCAGCGGCAGGCGGCACAACAGCAGGCGCUACUGUCUCAGCAGCAGCUGGAGCUUCUGCAGCUGGCGGAGGCAGCACGCGUGGAGCAGCAGCGGCAAGAGGCGCGGGCGGCGGAGCUGGGGCGCCAGGCGGAUGAACUGGCGGAGCGAGAGCGCCAGGCUUUGGAGCGGGAGCAGGCGGUGUGCGAGGCAGAGGCGCGGCUGGCGGCGCUGCAAGCGCAGUGCAGCCAGCAGUACCUCACACUGCGAGCCGUGCACGCCGAGCUGCAGGAGAGGCUGAUUGCGGCGCGGCAGGAGGCGCAGCAGCAGCAGCCUCGGAAACCGCGGAAGGUGCGAGCAAAGGAAGCCGCGGACGCGGCGGCAGCUGAGGCCGAGGCAGGGGCGGAUGUCGAGGCCGAGACGGCGGCGGAGGCUGCCGCGGAGUCACCACGGGCGCCCGGCAACGGCCGCCAUGGCAAGGAAAAGGAGAAGGAGCGGAAAGUCAAGGACAAAGAAAGGAACAAAGACAAGGAGCGAGAGCGAGACAAGGAGAAGGGCAAGGAGAAGGGCAAGGAGAAGGAGGGCAAGCGAAGGGACCGGCUGCGGCGCCAGCAGGAGCAGGAGGCUGCAGCUGGCGCAGACGCCACGGCAGACGCUGCAGGUGGAGCGGCGGCCGACGGUCUGGGCGCAUUCGCCUCCGCCGGAGCCGCCGCCGCAGUGGCAGCGAAAGCGGGUGUGGACCUGGGUGGCCUGGAGUCUGACCAGGCGGUGGGCGCAGUGGCGUCUCCGCCCGCAGGGCCACGGGUGACGAGCCCUGGCCGCCGAGCCGCGGGUGCCACGGAAGUGAGUGUUAGCCCCGCCGCCAGCGCCAGCACCAACACGGCCGCCGUCGCGGCGACGGCAGCCGCCGCCGCCGCUGCCGGCGAGGGAGCCGUGCUAGGGGGCAGGCAGGUCAGCCCAACAGCCCGCGGCGCGUCGGUGCACGGCGCCCGGGCCGCGCUGGUGACACCGCCGCGGGACCGCCACCAUGCCGCUGUGGAGGGCUUUGGAGGGGCGCGCGCGGGCGGCCCUGGCGGCAAACGGGGCCGGGGCGGCGACGGCGAGCACGACGAGGCUGGCCCAGGGUCACGAGGCCCCAAGGCGCCGCGACGGCGGCCACCGCCCGGCGAGCUGCCCGGCGGCGAUGGGGCCGUGCAGGCGCGCUCGCCGGGCCAAGACGGGGCUCUGCCUGAGCCACCGGGGGCGGGCGAGGCUGCGUCGGCGUCGUGUGACGCGGCGGGCAGCAGUGACGGCCGCUGUCCGCGUGAGGAAGAGGAGGAGGAGGCGGCGCGGUUGCAGGUGUUGGAGCGCGCGCGGCGGGCAGCGCGGCUGGACAACCGGCCGCCGCCGCCCGAGACAGCCGACCUAUCCGGCUCCGGUAAUGCCGGCGCCGCCGCGGCCGAUGCCCCGGGCGGCGCGGGUGAUCGCGGUGAUCGCGGCGGGGACCGCAGCGACCGGGGCGAACGCAGGGAGCGUGUUGAGCGCGGCGGCGACAGGCAGGGCGGCCCUGAUGAUUGGGGGAAUCGGCGUGGCGGUCCGCACGGUAAUGCGUACGGGCAGCACGGACAGCAGGGGCAGCAUGGCCGGUACCGAGGAGGCCACGAGCAACACCAUGCAGCACCCGGCGACAGGGGUGCCCGCGACUGGGGCGCCGGCGACAGGGGUGGCGCCGGCCAGCCGUGGCAUCGGCGCCUGCAGGCGGCGGGCCGGGAGGCUGUGGAGGCGGAUGGUAUGGAGGUGGAGCCGCGGGAGCAGCAGGAGGAGUCGGAGCCCAUGUACGACAUUGACGCGGUGCUCAGCAUGGGGCCGCCUGCAGCUUCGGGCGGUGGCGCCAGGCCCGGUCGCGGCGGCGGCGGUGGCGCCGGCCCCCACGGCCGCUCAGGGCGCCACGGCAAGCAGGGUACACCGCAGGAGGACGGCUGGCCUGGUGGCGCCUGUGGUGGCACCGGCGGCGGCGGCGUGAGCAAGUAUGAGCCCAAAAAGGACAAGCUUGACCGAGCUCGGGCCGAGUUUGCGGCCAACAUAUUUGCCUCGAUGUUCGGUGGCCCUGACGGUGGUGGGAGUGGCGGCGACGGCGAAGGCGGGUUCGAAGCCGUGCGGCUGACCAAGUCGCAGCGGCGGCAGUUCAACCGCAUGUACGACGAGGCGAAGCGGCAGGAGAAGCUGGACAGGCGGCGGCAGGAGAAGGCGGCGGCAGCUGCGGGUGGAGCCGCACCGGAGUGGGGCGGCCAGGCGUCCGGCCGGCAGGACCGGUCGGGCCGGGCCGUCGAUGGCGGAUGGCGGGAGGCGGAUGGGUUCAGUGAGCGCGAGCGGUGGGAGGCUGGUGGCGGCUGGGAGGGAGAGGGAGGCGCGGCGCGACGGGGGCGCGGCCCCUACUCCGACACGAGGGCGCAGGAGCAGCAACGCCAGCCGGCCCGGCAGAGAGAGCGGGUCCGCUGGGAGCCGCCGGCGCAGCGGCAGCGGGAGCAACAGGAGCCGCCGGCGCAGCGGCAGCGGGAGCAACAGGAGCCGCCGAUGCGCUCGCUGCAGCAGCUUCAGCCCCUGGACUGGCAUGUCAGCGCAGCGCCGCAGCCGGAAGCAGCCCGGGGGCAGCAGGAUGAGCGGACCGGCGCCGCUCCAGCAUCCCAGCCGCCGCCGCAGCAGCAGCCACCGCAAAAGGACGGGCAGCCCCCGCAGCCCCAGCAGCUGCACGCAAGCCAUGCGUGCGCGCCCGCACACGUACGGCCUGCACAAUCGGACUUGGGUCCUCGCCCGCCCACCGCCCCGUAUGCCAACCAGACGCACCCACAGCAGCAGCCACAGCAGCAGGCGGCGCCGCAACAAGAGCAGGUGUGGCCGCCAUCGCAGCCGCCACAGGCGCCACCACUGCCGCCGCUGCCGCUACAGCAGCAGCAGCAGCAGCAGCAGCAGCAGCUGCAGCUGCAUCAGGUCGCGCUGCCGGUGCAGGCGCGGCAGCAGCGGUAUGAGUGGCAGCCGGCAGUGGCCUACGUACCUGCGUCCUGGCAGCCGGGGCGCGUGCCGCCAGGGCUAGGGGCUAGUGACAGCGACACCACGGGUGGCUGCGGCGGCGCGUUCCGGCCUGCUCCCAGCCAGGCACCGUCUGUUGUCGGACAGGUGCCGCCGGCUGCAUCAGGGCCAGGCGCUGACGGGGCUACACAACCACAGUCGUCGCAGUUCGCACGGCUGUCCCAGACGUCGCAGCAGCAGCAGCAGCAGUCACAGCAGCAGGCGCAGCCACCUGCUGCGCCGGCUGUGUCCUCCUCUCGCAAUGGCGAGACGCAGAGCCGCGCUGCCAGCGAUGCGGCUGCCAUCAGCCUGCCCGGUCCCUCCACCAGCUCGCAGCAACAGCAACAGCAGCAGGCUGCUACGGCGCCGCGUGUGCACUUGCUGCACCCCAAGAACCCCGGCCAGCGCCCUGCACACCGCCCGCCGCGGGAGCCCGAGCCCGCGGUGCUCCCGCCUGCCGGCCCCGACCAUCCGCACCUGCAGCAGCACAGUCACGCACACACCGCCAGCGGCCCGCCGCCGCCUGGCUACGCGCCGCCGCUGAUGCACGGGCAGAAGCGCGGCCUGGCCUUCAUGCGGCGGCAGCGCCCCACGGGCGCCGCAGGCGCGGCGGGCGGUGGCCAGCAGGGUCCGGCGGCGGCAGGCUCGGCGGCGGACACCACGGCUGUUGGCGAGCCGCUUCACCGCUCCUGGCAGCAUCAGCAACAGCCACAGCACCAAAAUCAGUACCAGCAGCAUCACAACCAGAUACGUCACAACCAGCAGCAACAGAACCAGCAGCAGAAGCACCAGCACCAGCAGCGGCACAAGCAUCGCGAGCAGCAACAGCAACAGCAACAGCAGCAACAGCAGGGUGGCAGCAGGAGCGCGAGGUACGAAGCGGCACAUGACGGUCGCGGUGCUGGCGGAGGCGGCGGUAGCAACAGGGAUGGCGGCGGGGACCGCGAGAUGGAUGAGGGCGACCCUGAUGAGGACCUGGCACGGACCGUGGACAUGCUGCGUGCGGAGGCGGAGCAGGUCAGCGGCCGGUCGGACGUCGGGGCAUGAUGCGGAGAUUAACAGGAGUCGUAGCAUAGGCCCAGACGAGUAGGCAGGCACUGAUGAUAGCACAUGCAGGUUCUUCGAGUUAGAAGCAGGAUAGCUUAGGUGCUAGACGGACAAGAAGAGUGGAGGAGGUGCGCGGGAACGUGCGCGACUUGCAAGAGGCUAGGUGGUGGCGAUGGCGGUUGGUGGUUAACUGUAGACUUGGUAUGUGGCAGCGGCCGCAACGGGCUAGGAUCGGUAGGACAGGAUAGGACCCCCCUGAGGACCGGUGUGGGACAUGACGCGUUCGCGCACAGAUUUGUGCACCGUAUGCGCAUACUGAGCAGAGACGAUACUGCCCAGUCACGUGAUGCACUUAUGUUAUAUGCCGA